CCGCCGAGCCGGGCGAGCAGCGCGCCAGGGACGCAGAGGCUCGGCCACAGCAUAGCGUGGAGCGCGGGUCGGUGUAGCUCAGGGUCCCGGGCCCCCAGCCGCCAGCAGGAGCCAACAUGCCGCGAGCAGCAAGGCAGGUGGCCGCUGCGUCCCCGCUCCUGCUACUCUUACUGCUCGCCUGUUGCGCGGGCCGCUGCCGAGGUGCUCCAAUAUUACCUCAAGGAUUACAGCCUGAACAAGAACUACGAUUGUGGAAUGAGAUAGGUGAUGCUUGUUCGUCUUUCCUGUCCAUGGAUUCUCAGCCUCAGGCAUCCAAUGCAUUGGAGGAGCUCUGCUUCACAAUUAUGCGGAUUCUACCAAAGCCCCAGGAAACAGAUGAAAAAGAUAAUACCAAAAGGUUCUUAUUUCAUUAUUCAAAGACACGAAAAUUGGGCAAUUCAAAUGUUGUGUCAUCUGUCCUGCAUCCGCUGCUGCAGCUCGUUCCUCAACUGCAUGAGAGAAGAAUGAAGAGAUUCAAAGUGGACGAAGAAUUCCGAGGUCCUAUGGCAAGCCGAAGUCACGGAUAUUUCUUAUUCAGGCCACGCAAUGGAAGAAGGUCAGAAGGUUAUAUUUAAAAUGGAUGACAACUAUUUUCUGCAGAAGCAAUGCCAUGGAAUACAAAAUGUACUGACAUUUUUUUCAUCUCAAAAACUAUCCUUGCUAAGUUUACAGAUUUGAGAAUCCCUGUGUUGUAAACAUUCUCCAUAAACGCUGAGAUUGUAAAUGUUUAAUUUGUUGAAAAUUUAAAAAAGCAUCUUAAAAUAUUUUUUCUUAGUGCUGUAAUGAUAAA